UCCGAUAGUGAAAACAAUAUGAGCGCUUCUCAUGGAAAUAUAACAUCACCUGUAAUUGACACGCUUCAUUGACUCACUGUAUGUGAAUUUUUUUAUCAAUCGCGAUCAUUUGGUGCCCAGAUAAAAUGAAGGUGAAAUCUCGAGAUGAGAGUUUUAAUACUUCUGGAGAACUGGAUGGAUCCAAUGACCUACUGACAGGUAACCCUCCCUCGGGCCAGAGGAGAAAAAACAUCAAACAGCGCUUUCUCAAACUUCUGCCCUGCUGUCAUACAGAGUCAACACCAGCCAUAGGAAAAGCAAGUCAAUGGCUGUCUGCUGUUAGUCUUAAUCCAUGCGUGUCAGUUUCUGUGUGAAUGAGUUUAUCUCUGUGUGUUUCUCAUGUAGACAGCAUAGAGGAUGAUUUUGAACUCUCCACCGUGUGCUACAGGCCGGAGGGUUUAGAGAAACUGCUAGAACAGACAAAAUUCAACAGAAAAGAGCUACAGGUUCUCUACAGAGGCUUUAAAAAUGAAUGUCCCACUGGGCUUGUAAAUGAAGACACAUUUAAAUUAAUCUACUCUCACUUUUUUCCUCAGGGAGAUUCUAGCAUGUAUGCUCAUUUCCUGUUUGAGGCUUUUGAUAGACACAAGAAUGGAGCUGUGAGUUUUGAGGACAUUGUGACUGGCCUGUCAAUCAUUUUGCGAGGUACAGUCACUGAUAGACUGUGCUGGGCUUUUUGUCUGUAUGAUCUCAAUAAAGACGGCUGCAUCACUAAAGAGGAGAUGAACGACAUCAUGAAGUCCAUAUAUGAUAUGAUGGGGAAAUGCACAUAUCCAUGUAUGAAGGACAGCGCACCCAACGAACACGUCGAAAGUUUCUUCCGGAAAAUGGAUCGAAAUAAUGACGGAGUUGUCACCAUGGAGGAAUUCCUCGAGUCAUGUCAAAAGGAUGAGGCCAUUAUGGAGUCCAUGCAUCUAUUUGAUCAUAUUAUUUAGCUUCAUGCUGAGCAGUGUUGAAUGACAUCGUCUGUUUUGACAUCAACACAAUGACUUCUUCCCUCUUUUAUUGACUGACCUGUUGAGAUGCUAUAUGUGAGCAUGCCACAUUAUUCUACACCCUAAGGAUGAAGCUAUGUGAUCUAAGCUUAUUGAGAUAAAAGUUAAAUCACUGGCUUUAUUACUGUCUUUAUGUAUACUGUGGUUAUAUAUAUCACAGUGGCAUCAACAAGUUCUGGUAUCAUUUAACAUUCACGUGUAUACAAAUAUACAAAAAAUAUGCAAGUAGCAGACUCUCAGCCUGGCAUGACUUUUAUGAAUCUAGAAAAAAGACACUAGAGAAUUGGAGAAUCAAUUGUUUGCAAAUAUAAUUAUUUGCUCGUUAAUUCAUGGACAUGUCGAGUAUUGUACAGAUUCAAAAUACUGACUGACAGUACAGUUGGU